AUGUCUGAAAGUUCCUCAGGUCUGACUACAAGCAAUCAGAAAUUCUGUAAAUCCUAUUCAUCCUGCUGCUCCAUCCUAAGUGAUACACACACAAUUCCACCAAUUUUAUCACAAAGCAGAGGAAUCCUCAGGCAGAACUGUGAUUCCAAGCUGCCUGCCCCACUUCCUUCUGAUCCCUUCAAGUACCUUGGCUGGUGUGACAUAGAAGAGCACAAUGUUCGAGGAAAUCAGCUUCAUUGUCCCCGAGUGAGAGAAGGGCCCUCAGAAGAAGAGCUGUUUUUCAGAAGAGAAGAACAUACUUUGAAAAAAAGAAAACAAGUAACUGACACAGAGAAAUGGGAAAAGAGACUGCAAGAGAACUGGGAAAACUGUGCUGAGCUGAACCUUUCAUUCCAGGAUCUGGGUGAUCCUUACCAGUUGGAAAACUUCAAAAGGAUCCUCCGAAGAUUAAUUCGGGUGGAAAAGCUUUGGUUGGUGGACAAUUCUUUAACAGAUCUAAGUGCCAUAAGGUUGCCAAGGUAGAUAAAAUGUC